UAGACUGUUAGUUGAGAUCAAAAACAUGAUAUGAUCACAAUCACUACAAUUGAGUUCUCUCCUUAUAAAAACAUCACCAGGAAGAUCUUAUCUCCACAUCCUUCACAAUCAAUAAUAAAUAUGAACGGUGCAUCGUCUUCGCUAGCUCCCAUUGCUAAGAGAUUAGCAGGCAAGGUUGCUUUGAUAACUGGAGGUGCAAGUGGAAUUGGCAAGAGUACGGCAAAACUAUUCGCUGAACAUGGUGCUAAGGUCAUCAUUGUUGACAUCCAAGAUGAGCUUGGUUUGUCAGUUAGCCAAGACAAAAGCAUCAAUGGUACCAUUUCCUACGUCCACUGCGAUGUCACUUGUGAGUCUGAUGUCCAGAACGCUGUCAGUACUGCUGUGUCGAAGCAUGGGAAACUUGACAUAAUGUUCAACAAUGCAGGGAUUACUAUGGGCGAUGCAAACAUCUUAUCCGUUGAGCAGAAGGAUUACAAGAGAGUUUUUGAUGUGAAUGUCUUGGGGCCAUUUCUGGGCGCUAAACAUGCGGCCAAAGUAAUGAUUCCAGCAAAAAGGGGCACUAUUCUAUUCACUGCAAGUGCUUCAACAGAGUCACAUGGAUUGGCCUCACACAUCUACACAGCAUCCAAGCAUGCCGUUGUGGGACUAACAAAGAAUUUAUGUGUUGAUUUGGGUCAGUAUGGAAUUAGAGUCAAUUGCAUAUCACCACAUGCUGUGGCCACUCCAUUGUUCCUAAAAGCGUCAGGAAUAGACGAUAAGAAACAGGCAGAAGAUCUUAUAUCCUCCGCGGCAAAUUUGAAAGGGCCAGUUUUGGAAGCAGGAGAUGUGGCAGAGGCAGCUCUGUUCUUGGCGAGCGAGGCCGAGUCCAAGUACGUGAGUGGCCUUAACCUAGUCGUGGAUGGUGGUUAUAGCACAACCAAUAUAGCUUUUUCAGAGAGCAUACAGAAGUUUUUCACUUGAGAAUGAAAGCAUUAUUAUAGUUAUAUUUUCUACAAGCAUAUAUGCUUACCUACGGUCACAGUUGUAAUGUUUGUAUGUUGAGAUUUUAAAUAAUUUUCCAUGAAAUUAUAAUAAAUCAAUGGGGCCGUGAUGAAUGAA